UAUCUGAACAGCCCAUUUCAGAAGCCUCUUACAUGUUCGAUGAAAUGCCUCAAAGAGAGUAAAUUAUCCAAGUUCUUGAUCAAUCAACAUUCUUGGUUAAUGGGAAUCUUCAAUUUGGUGUUAUAGUUUAGUAUAAAGAUUGAAAAUGGAGAAAAUAAUGGUGUUGCAGUGUAAUUCAUCUUCUCCAUUUACGCAGCUAUGGCCAACUACAGUUACAGCAACGGCUUAUACCUGCAGUUUUAGCUGCUCUAAUGUUGUUUCUUUCAGAUUUCCAAGAAGAAUUAACAUGGGGUUUCAUUCUUUUCAAGAAAUUUCUAGAAGGAAUAGUUUAGUUAACUUAAGAAAAGCUACCUUUUGGGAAGAUCCUGAUGAUGGUAGUGAUAGUGAGGAAGAAGAGGAGAGUGAAAUGGAAGAAGAAGAAGAAGAAGAAGAAGAGGAGGAAGAUAUGGAUGUUGAGAGUAGCUUUGAAUAUGAAGUAAAUAAAGCUAUGGACAAUUCUACAAAUGGUUUGUCUACCAGGGAAGAUGAGUUUGUGAAAGAGGUUGAACAGCUUUUGAGCCCAGAGGAAAGGGAAAUUUUGUAUCGCAAUCAAACUCUAGAGCUGGAUAAGAUAUCAACGGAAAAAUGGAACCCUCUUCACACUUUUGCACUAGCAGGGCAGAUACGAUUUAUGGAUAGACUUCUAGAGGAGGGUCUUGAUAUUGAUGCCGUUGACAAGGAAGGGCAAACAGCUCUUCACCACGCCGUUUUUGGUAAAAAGGAGGCUGUGAUCAGUCAUCUUCUAAGAAAAGGUGCAAAUCCUCAAGUUAGGGAUACGGAUGGUGUCACCCCCCUACAUUAUGCAGUUCAAGUAGGAGCCUUGCAAACAGUUAAAUUGUUGAUCAAAUACAAGGUUGACGUGAAUGUUGCUGAUAAUGUUGGUUGGACGCCACUGCACGUGGCCAUGCAGAGCAGAAACAGAGACAUAGCAAAAGUUCUUCUUGUCAAUGGAGCAGAUAAGUACAGAAAGAAUAAGGAUGGUAAGACACCCCUUGAUAUUAGCCUUUGUUAUGGCAAAGAUUUCAAGUCCUAUGAUCUGGCUAAGUUACUGAAGCUUGUUCCUGCUAAUAGAGAGCUGUGAUUGGCUUCUACAAUUUACGUGCAGUUCUUCCGAAAUCUCAAGAAGAUUAGAACCGUGAUGUUGACAUUGACAUCUAUUCUUCUGCAUUUUUACUCCCAGCAAAGAAGAAAACAAUCAAUUAUAGUCUAAGAGGACGUGUUGAGACGGAUACAUAGAAGCACAAUUCAGAUCAACUUUCGGGCAUGGAAUCACUAGAAUUGUAAAAUAUUUGGGCAAUUGUGCAGCCAGUCUUGUAACAGAUUUGUAAAAAUAAAACAGAACCUGUUUUCUUAUGAUAUAUAUGUCCCAGUGCUGAUUUUAGCACA